AUGACGAUGAAAAUAUACACCAAGUCGGGGGAUGCGGGGGAGACGGGUCUGCUGUUCGGCGGUCGCGUGCCGAAGAACGACCCACGCUGCGUGGCAUACGGCGAGGCCGACUUUGCCACAUCCGCGAUGGGACUUGCGCGCGCGCUGUCCCAGGAUGCCCGAGUGCAAGAGAUUCUGCUUCAGGUGCAGCGCGAGAUGUUCACUCUGAGCGGCGAACUUGCCACAGACAUCGAGAACUACGAGCAUUACAAGUCCAACUUCCACGCCAUUACUGCGGAGAAUGUGGAUCGUCUGGAGACGCUGAUAGACGAGCUGAGCGCGCAGGUGGAACUGCCGCCCAAGUUCAUAAUCCCCGGGGCAUCUGCGGCGUCCGGCGCGUUGGACUUGGCAAGGAGCGCGCUGCGGGCGGCUGAGCGCAGCAUUGUGGGGCUGGAUCAGCAGGACUUACUGCCGAAUAUAGAGCUGCUGCGCUAUGUGAACCGCCUUGCCGACCUGCUAUUUAUGCUUGCCCGCUUCGAGGAUAGGGCGCUUCCGAUGGACAUCGUGACCGGGACUCGGCUGGAUGAGGGGUAG